AUGUUAAAUAAACCAGAGUUGUCAAAGGAAUUGAGUGUUUUCCUUGAAUUGUUGCAUCAAGAUAAGGAGGACUACAAGGGCUACGAGAAUUAUUUGAUUGGCAGUGAUCUCGAUGACAUGGAAAGUAAGAAGGGCAUCAAUAGGGAUCUCUCAAUUAUCUAUAGUUAACCUGAGAGCGAAGUAUCGACUCAGAGAGACAAUGCCUCUCUUAAUAUCGGGGAUUUGUUUUCGUUAAUUUUUAGAGAUCUAGAAAAUCAAGUGUAUUCUACAUUGUCGCAGCGAAUCAAAUAAUUAUAAGUAAGAUGGUUAUUUAACCUAAGUAAUAAAUUCAUAUUUAUAUGAUGAGAGUAUCUGAGAAAAUCAACGACUUCUCCUUAUAGAACCAGAGUCUCGAAACCAACAAUAAGCUAUUGGUUGAAGCUCUCAACUCAUCCCAACAGGAGAUUCAAGUCUUGACAGCCUCGCAUGAAGAAUCAUCCCACAAAUUGAAGAAAUCUAUCUAAGAUUUGAAGAAAUAAUGUGUAAUUUUAAUUAAUAUCUAUUAAGGAGGAAUUAAACAAGUCUUUAGCUUACACACAACAGAUCAAUUCGAAUUUGUUAUAAUAGAUCGACAGGGAACAACAAAGCUAUAAGAAGAACGAGGAAGAAUUUAGGGAUGCUUCUCAAAGAUUAAUUAAAAGCAAUUAGGCUUUGCGGUAUCCCAUUAAUUUUGAAAUAGUGAAAUCAUCGUCAAUAUCGGCAACAUCUCUCCUAUGCACAAGAGUAAAUUGCAAGAAGUCAUCAAAUACUUGACUGAAGGAAGAGAUGCGAGACAGACAGAGCUCAGGAGUGGACAUAGUUAAUCCAGAAGAUAAAAGGAGAAUAAUAGUCUAAAUUAUUGUAUCUCAAAAUUAUCAUCUAGCCACCCUCAACAUCAGCAGUUCUAAAAACAAAAAAUCAAUGUCUCCUCAAGGAUUCACAUCCACAAGAAAACAACAAGGCGUCAAUGUGCUGGAUAUAAAUUAUUAAAUAUCUUAUAAAGAGUUAUUUUUAAAGAGUUUAAAAGUAGCAAAGUAAAAAUGA